UUAUAACCGACACGGAGUAUUAGUGUUACUUUUGUAGAUGUUCCCGGUUCGACACAGUGGACAGUCCGCAUUAAAACGUCAAUCUUUUGUGAGCCGAAGCAGCUGAGUUCGUCUUAAAGUGAGCCAAAAUGCCCAUGGUGCUGCGCUCCAGAAAAUCCCGAACUGCGGGCGAGAGCGCCGAGGAGCCACGGCCACGGAGCAGGACACACCGCCCGCACGGGAAAGUAGAAUACGAGGCUGAGGACACAGAUGGGUCGGAUUCUGAGGUUGCGCAAAGCACCGUGAUGGAGACACUUCGGAGCCUCCCGGCUGAGCAGCAAGAGGAGGAGGACGUGGCUGAGAUACGUGUCCCGGAACUGAAGGAUUGUACAGUUGUGCUACACUGUCUGGAAUCUAAAGAGGAUACAUCAAAAGAGCUUGAGGACAAAGAAGACAUGAGUCAUAAAGGAGGGAAAUCUGUCUCUCGAAUUCCUACUUUUCAAAAACGAAUUCCACUUGGAACCCACACCUCAGAGAUACCCGUUUUCAAAAGAGAUGCCCUCCUCACAGCAGGUCAGCCUCCUGAAAUGGGUGGAAGUGAAGAUGUUUUGAAGUCCAAACCGUCAGUCAGAGAAACUGCUCUUCCUCUGCCAUCAGUACGUGUCCCCAAAAUUAGCUUUGAUGCUUCCUCACCCUUCAGUAUUAUGGAGCAAACUGGUAUGACGGCCUAUGGCCUCGCUUCUACACCUAAAAGCAAGUCCGAUGAGUCAGAGUCUGCACAGCACUAUUUUAUGGCAGUAACACCCAGACCUGCCCUCAGACCAGAGCAAGGAUCAGACCAAUAUUUAACAGAGAAACACCAAAGCAGUUCUACACAAAGAGAAGUUGAUAAAACACUAGAUGACCCCAUAUCUCAUCAUUCAGUUGAUGGAUCUAUUUGGCAGAAGCCACAUGACGAUGCAGGAGAAAAGUUUGAUGCCGAUGUUGACUGCGGCAUCAGCCUCGGUGGCUCAGGAGCAGGUGGGAAAACAGAGUUUCUUGAGAUUGUUGAGAAGAAUGAGGAGCCUUUCCAGUUGAAGGCCAUUAUGGAUGAGGAACCACCUUGGAAGACUGAUCCAUUAAAUGAACCCGAGCUUAAGGAGGACAAUGGAUCGUCAUCAGAUUCUCAGUCAGAAGAUGAUUUGAUGGUUGAACAGUCUGGUGUUGAUUCAGGUGGUUGUCACCUUCUUGAACCUCAUGCAAGUAAAGGAAAAAUUCAGUCAGAUUUCUCAGAUCCUGUAGAAGAAAGUACCAGCAUGGAGGAAUCCACCUCACCCGCAAGACCAAUGACACCUCUUGAAGCCAAAUCUACAAAGAGAUCAUCAUGCUGGAGUUUUGCCUACUUCUGGUUCUUGCCCACCACCUUUCUGCUUUUAGGUGGGUUUGGUCAGCAUGUUUGGCACUAUGGUCUUCCGCUGUCUGUGGCCCAGUUCACAGAUCACCUGCAGCUGCACUGGCUGGAGGGAUUUGGCUUUGUAAUGGAGCCUUGCAGCUCGGAUUGUCGAGUGCAGCUGGUGGAGAGCAUCCCUGAUGGUCUCCAUCCAUCUGGUCCUCCGUACCUGCAAAGUAUUGCAGACCGCUGGCUUAGUCUGCUGGACAAGGCCCACAACUCUGUCCAUAUUUCUGCCUUCUACUUGACGCUGCGGGCCACUGAUCUAGGUUUCUCUGAGUCCUCAGACUCUCAGGGAAGAAAGGUCUUUGAGCAGUUAAAGCAACUUGAGUCCAAAGGCGUGACUCUCCAGAUUGCUGUCAACGCCCCUCAGACUUCAACUCAAGACACAGCAGAAUUGGCUGCAACAGGUGCUGAUGUCAAAGAGGUUGAUCUCCACUCUGUAACUGGUGGUAUCAUCCACACUAAACUGUGGGUGGUUGAUCAAAAACACCUCUAUUUGGGCAGUGCCAACAUGGACUGGCGCUCUCUGACUCAGGUCAAAGAGGUCGGUCUGUCGGUGGAGGACUGCAGCUGCCUGGCUCAGGAUGCCUUUCGAAUCUUUGGUGUGUACUGGAGCAUCGGUGGGGGAAAGAACGGUUCCCUGCCACCCUACUGGCCUGCUCGAUUCUCUGCCCUGUCCAGCGCCCAUCAUCCCCUGCACCUGAAGUUCAAUGGAGUGCCAGCUCAAGUCUACCUGUCUAGCGCUCCUCCUGAGAUUUCAGCACGUGGCCGCUCGGAUGAUCUCACCACCAUCUUGUCUGUAAUCGCAGAUGCCCAGAAAUUCAUUUACGUCUCCGUUAUGGACUAUCUUCCUCUAUCACAGUUUGUUGAGCCGCUCAGGUUCUGGCCUGCUAUCGACUCGGCUCUGCGUGCUGCAGCCUGCACCAGAGGUGUGCAGGUCAAGCUCCUGGUGAGCUGCUGGGAGCACUCUCCAGCCUCCAUGUUCAUCUUCCUGCAGUCCCUGGUGGUGCUCAACAGGCAUCCGCUGAGCUGUGAUGUGCAAAUAAAAGUGUUUACAGUACCAUCAACAGCAGAGCAGAAGAAGAUUCCCUUUGCACGAGUCAGUCAUGCCAAGUACAUGGUCACAGACCGAGUGCUCUACAUAGGGACGUCAAACUGGUCUGAGAACUACUUCACCCAGACAGCUGGUGUGGGUUUGGUGGUGAAUCAGACUGGAUCUGUGGUUGGAAAAGACCAGAGGACUCUGCAGGGCCAAGCAGAGGAGCUGUUCCUCAGGGACUGGACGUCUGAGUAUGCCCGCCUGCUGACGGCUGACGACCUGGACAUCUGCCCUCGUGGACGGCACUGAUGGUUUGUCAUGUAACAGAUAUUAUGUGGUAGAUAGGCAUCUUGCUUGCUGCUGUUGCUACUUGAAGUUUAUCUUUUGUGUGCAGAAAUAUUUUUUUUUACACAGUGUGUUUUGUUGGUUUCUGGACUGCAGCAGCCAUUUUUCUGUAUAUAAAGUUUUUGUGUACAGAUGCACUUAAUCCAGAGCUGGGUAAUCUCAGCCUCAGUGAGUAAAAAUCCUACUACUUAUUUGUUCCGUCCACCCCCUUUACCAGCUAAUUCUAAUUAGUUCAACUCCUGAGGCUGACUGGUUCCUGCCUGCAGGGUGAAACAGGAGGCUGGUAAUCAGCAGCGAGUUGCUUCAUUUCAGUGGCUGCUUCUUGCCUCCUCCUCUGGUGGAAUUAUUUAGUUUGCCACUGUACUCGUUUUUAUGCAUGUUUAUUUUUCAUUGCAUAAAAUUCUAUUCAGAAACAGUUUUUUAGCCCAAGUGUUAAGUGUUUUUUCACUGACACACAAAAAAACAUUUGUUGCAAUAAAAGUGUGACUCCAUUGUAAUUGAAGGCAAGUAAUAUACAUCAUCUUGAAUUUGGCAGCUGUUAAGAAAAACUAAUUUAGAAAGUGCAGCUAUAAUAAUAAUAAACGUAUGAUUUCACUAAACUUGAAUUGCAAUACAAACAUUUUAGGCAACAUAACAUGUAUAAAGUGCAUACUUUGAUCUAUAAUCGGUCUGACUUGGAUCAAAAUGGGCAACAGAGGUCUGUAUUGUACAGAUAAGAUGUGGAAAAUGAAGCCGAAAUAAGCAAAAAUAAUAAUAAAUAAAUGUCCCCACUCAGGCAGAGGUGGUGGCCAAGUUGUUGGUGCACUUGGCUUCAGUGCGGAAGGUUCUCGGUUCAAACCCCACCCCCGCCACAUUUCUCCAUGUAAUGUGGAGUUGUGUCAAGAAGGGCAUCCAGUGUAAAACUUGUGCCAGGUUUUGUGUGCCUGCCUCCUUUUCUGCCCUAUCGGAGGAGGCGCUGCCCAGCCAGCUCGAGAGCUGAUCAGUGACAUCAUCUGUCGUAGAAACUAUGCAUCGUAUGAUUUUACUCAUGGAAGCUGGGAUUACCCACCCGAGUUAAUCUUUCUCUUUUGGGGAUAUUUUGGCGUUUUCUGACAUGAGCUGAUGCGUUGUAUAGUCAGUUUUAUGCUUUACUUGGAGCGUUUUGUAUGAUUUCC